GCUACUGAAUUUAUAUUGAACAAGGUGUAAUAGAACCAUUGAAUUUAUAACUUAACAAUUGUAUACAUAUACGAGUACAAUGAAAGAACAAUCCUCCAACUGGCUCACUUAUAAAACACCCUAUGUAGCAGAUACAUCCUGUGUAUUGUGAAACAUAACCUUAAACACAGAUAGAACAACAAUAACAUAACCUAGUAAUGCACAGUUCGCAACCGCUCAUUUUACCAAGAACUUUUUUAUUUUAAUUUUUAGUUUCACCCUUUCAAGAGAUUAGGGACGAGACCAAAUUAAGAAUUGGAAGAAUGGAAAUAUUCGGGACCCAAUAAUAAUUUACAAUCAAUUAUUUGAGCUACCUUUAUACUUGUGUUUUUAUCCAAUAUGUGUGAAAAAUUAUUGCUGCAAACAUUAGAUAACGUAAUACAAUUAGACAACGUAUUAGAAUGGAUAAAGAGCCCUAAUUCCAAGCCGGACAACGAACACAUAGCUCACCUCAACUGCACCCAAAUUGAUUUUAUUUUAUUCUUCCUCAACUACGUACACGAAAUUUCCAACAGGCCUCCCAAAACCGUACAGGACGCGGCACGCAACGGCGAAGCGACGACACCGAAACGGCGCACAUCCCUACUCGAAAAUCUCGACCUCAACGAUAACGUAGACGCGCACGUGUCGCCGCUGUACAAGCAGCAUCCGUUCGCGAGAAGGGCGCCGAGCCCGAAAACGCCGCCGAACAUUCGACUCGGCGACUUUCUAAUUCGCAAAGAUCCGCGCAAGCGAGUGCAGAAAAAUCUGAACGAGACUUUCGGCUCGCGCCGCAUCAACCCGAUCAGCCUUUCAGACGGCAAAACGAAAACGUUCUCCCCGAACAGGAAUAGUUUUUCGUUCGGCAAGCACGAUGAGAAUCUCGGUACGGAUCGUAGAAACCUGUUGGAGGAGCGGUCGCGAGUUGCUUUCGACACCGGCGCGGAGACUACUAUUACGAAAGUUGUUAGUAAAAAAAUUGGCGACGAACCCGAUUUUAAUCUUGUGACGUUUCCGCAGAAGCUGGAUAUUUUAAUCGAUGUCUACGUGUUUUUAUUAAAUAAUUGUUACGUUGCGAACUUGACGAGUGAGAUAUAUUUUAUUGUGUCAGUGUUGUUAAAGAGGGACUGCGGGCCGAGGACUUCGUUACAAAUUUUAAAUUCGCUCGGCAAUCAAGUGUACUUCGCGACCGGCGUGUUGCGAAAGCAAACCGAUUUUCUUCGUUUGCUCGAUCGGCCGACAAUUCGUCUUUUAUUCGACAACGCGCGCUUUCGACGCUUCACGAACGAAAACUUUCGUCUCGCGUUUCUUAAGACGUACGACGGUAAAGUCGAAAAGCUGGUCGGCGUACGGCAGAUUAACAAGAGCGUGUACUUCGAGUGCGACACGGACAAUCGAAACAAUUUCGCCACGAACGCUUCGUUUCACAAUUUUCGUAAGCAGCGGGAUUUGUUCUACGAAGUUCUGCGCGCGUGGGAGAGUAAUCGAAUGGUAAAUAAUUGGAGUUUUGCUACGGCGCUGGGGCAGAAGGUUCGAUAUCUGGUCAAUUUGGAUUCGGAGCCGAACAAUUUGAUACACUUUGCCAAACUUUUUAAGGCGCAACUUUUGGUUAAUGCUUGUCAGGAUGGGACGAUAGGAGACGAGGAUACGAUCAAAUCGGCAAUUCCGAACAUCGACGAGGAGAAACUGUCGAAACUAAACACGCGCAUCGGCAAGAAGAACUGCACUGGUAUCAACUCGAUCCCGACGUUCACCAAUUACGAGGAGUUUUACAAAGAUUUCGUACUUAUCGCCGCGAGCCCUUCCUUCAGUAAGCACUUCGUCGACGUAAUCGCGGCCGAAAUCUCGAGGCUCAACGACGACCUUUCGAUUGGCUGCUCGGAUCGCGACGAAUUCGAUACGUUCAGCGAAACGUUUCGAACGGGCUUGAUAACGAAGGUGAAAACGCUGAGAGUGCUCGCCAAGUUCUUGGGUUUCUUCGAGUCUCUCCCGUAUCGUAGUAGCUGCGUGCAGUUACCCGAGAACGUCGUUCACGAUCAGCUGCGGAUACGUAACAAGAUUAGAUUGACGCUAGAUCUGAAGAAAAUUUUACUCGAGGCAAGCGAGAGGAGGACUCUCACGGUUACUAUUCCAUGGUUGGUCAAGUACUUGGCGAUGCUCGACAGCGUGACAUUAAAGUCGAACCAAAUUCAAGACGUUUUUCAUAUCCUCUUCAAAAUUCACCUCGACGGCUCCAAGUAUCCGAUGAUUGUGAAAUUGAGCGUCGGCUGGUUGCUCGAACUUCCACACGUUCCGCACGAUCUGUAUUACGUCUGGAUGUCGAAGAACGACGCGCCGAUGCUGUUGAAACCGACCACUCGUACCGUGCAGCUCGACGAUCUCAUCGGUUUCGAUGAAUUAUUGCACGUCUGCUGUCCGUAUUUAGGCGACAUUAAAAGUCUAUUAACGGCGGAUGCGAUCGCGUUGGAUAGAUCCGCAACCUGUAAACAUAUCACCCCAUUGACAGCUCUUGGUUCAGUUCGCGAAACGCCGAAACUUCAGAGUCAGCUAGAGGACAUGUUUUUCUGCACCCAACCCGAUUCCGUUAAAAGAACCGUCGAAUUCGUGAGCGAGCGCGUGGCGUCCGGCUGCAUAAAGGAAAUUUGUUACGAGAUCGUUCCGUCGUACAAGAAGGAGGCCAUGAGCAAAUUACGGCACGAAGUCGACAUCUCGUCGGCCGACAUAGCGGAUAAAUUGCAGACGUACGCCGGUCGCUCGCACGCGAAUUUACUCAACGUGCUCGGGGGAAAGGCGGAGGUGAUUUUAAACUUGCGAAUAUCGGCCGCGAUGGAAGCGCUACUCUCGUCGACCGUUUUGCAACAAACGAAGGACGUGUGCGUUUUUCUUACGCAUCGCAUGUGCCGCAAACGGGUGGACGAAUGGGUGAAGUCUCACGUGACGCAAGAUAUUUUCAUCAAUUACUUUGAUAACGAAAUUAAGAAGCUGAAGCAGCAGACCAAGGCGAAACCGCAAUUCGGGCUGCCGUCUUUGGGAAAAAGCGACAAGCACGACGGAUCAACGGAUAGCGGAAUGAAAAUCAUGGAACUGCUUCGUGAAUUAUGUUGGAGGACCGUCGAAGGGCAGCCGGUUACACAAGUCGAAAUCUUUUCCCUUUUAGAAUCGAUCAGGACGAGCUUCGAGGGGCGAUGCGACAUCAACGAUUGCAUCACGUUAGCGAUUAAUAAACUGCUUCUGGAUUUCAUUAUUCUUGCAAUAGCCCAUUCGCCGGAUAGUAUAACAACGGAUGUUGUGACAAUGUGCUGUGUGUUAUACAGGGCGUGCGGCAAUCUCGACGAAUUGGUCAAGACGAUUUUCUCGCCAAGGAACAUGUUUGUCCUUUCGAUGUCUUCCGUACCUGAACGCUCGACGAAUUGUUUCGCAGUUUUAAUCGAUGCGCUGUUACAAAGCGAGCUGUUGACCCACGCCGAAAUCCUCUCACAAGUUUUAAAUUGUAACGCCAAUCAGGCUCUGUCCAAGUUUUUAGGUGAAGUUUUAAGUAGGUGUAAAAUAAAGACUGAGGAUUAGUAAAAUAUAUUUUUAUUAAUGUUAUUCUAAAAAUAAAUAUUGUAUUUUAUCUAUA